UCAACAUUUGAUAUUAUAUUAACACGUAUUAUAACAGUAUGCAGUUGUAUGGUUUAGCGUUUAUUAUUUUAUGGUUAAGUCCAGGUUAUAUGGCACGGCCUGAUAUUACCGAUGAUUCGUCUCCCGAGGCUUCGUCUUCCGAGGCCAGUCAAAUAGACAACACCGACAUUUUGAUCAGCGACAUAGGCAACCUCUAUCAAAGCGGCAGUUAUUCAGACGUUGUUUUGGAGGUACAAGGAGAACGAUUGCGCGCCCAUCGUAGUAUACUAGCCUCACGAAGCGAUUUUUUUAGGAUCUUAUUUUAUGGAGGUGGAAGAGAAGUUUCUAAUUCGUAUGUGCCCAUAAAAGAUGUAUCAUUAACUUUAUUUCAAAGAAUUUUUGAAUAUAUUUAUACUGGCCGAAUAGAUUUAAGUGAUUUUGAGAAUGAAGAAAUUUUUGAAUUACAUAGACUUUCGGAUUAUUUUGGGAUUUCACAUUUAAAACUUUCACUGGAAAAGUAUUUUCAAAGAAGCACUAACGAAAACAAUGCAUGUACGUUCUUUGCUUUAGCAAGAAUUUAUAAAAACGAGGAGCUCGAAGUCGAAUUCCUCAAAUUUAUCGAUGACAACGCCGAGGAAGUAUUGGAAUCCAAUGAUUUUAGGACUUUGUCAUCUGAAGUUCUUCAAGAAAUCCUCAAUCGGACUCUUUUUAUGCUAACGAAUUGGUUAUAUUCCAAGAGAUAUCCGAUAAUGAGUGUUGGAGAACAGUCUCAAGCUAGGGAAUCACAACUGGUUAGGUCGGAUAUAAUUUCAGCUGCCAUGCAAUUAAGAAGAAACACGUGGCCACAAGAUAAGCCUCAAUUACGGGGACGGCUAAUACUCGAUGAUCAUAUUCUUUAUGAGGCUCAUAGUUCUCCACUUCCCGAUUUGAAUUUAAUUCAUCGAUCUCGGGUUUCGCGUUUGGAAAUAUCGACUUCGGUACCAAUAUGA